GGUAUGCAUGAAAUUAAGCCCAGACCGAUAAUGCACAGAGAUAUUCGAUGGCCAAAUAUUAUUCGCCAUUACGAUGGAUAUCAAAGAUUCAUUUUAAUCGACUUUGACUAUGCUAACUUUUCCCCUUCUGACGAGCCUUUGAAAGAAUUUUCUGAAAUUGAUCAUGCCCCUGAAAUGCUAAUUAAAAAGCAUAAUUUUAAGGCUGAUAUAUGGGGCGUUGGGAAUUUAGUUGGUUCAUGUAAUGUCAGAGGCAUUCCUCAAGAACUUUUAAGCUUCAGCAUGGAUUUGUGUAAUGGUAAUCCAGAUAAUCGACCAACUGCUUCAGUUGCUCUUGAUCGGGCAAAAGAUAUGUUUAGAAAG